UAGGUUACAGUAUGUCUACAGUUUUUUUAUGUUUGCAAAUCACCCCUACGUGUUAAGGUAGACUCUAUAGACACGGAAGCGUUUCCCAGCUGUCAAACAGAUUUUUGUAAAUCAGCUUUGUCUCACUUUUAACAGGAGCAUAACAUCCUUACCCUAAGAAUGGAUUCCCCACGCUGGUUGCCACUGGAGUCUAACCCAGAGAUUGUGUUUAGUUUGUCAGCUGUUUGGGUAUGAAGCCAACCUGGCAGUUUGGGGAUGUGUAUGGACUGGAUCCAGAACUUCUCAGCAUGGUACCAAGGCCUGUGUGUGCAGUGCUUCUCCUCUUCCCUGUCACAGAAAAGUAUGAGGCAUUUAAGCAAGAGGAGGAGGAGAGACUCAAAGACCAUCCACAGGAAGUGUCCCCUGAUGUCUACUUCAUCAAGCAAACUAUUGGAAAUGCUUGUGGAACAAUAGGAUUGAUUCAUGCGGUGGCAAACAACCAGUCACACCUGGAAUUUGAGGCUGACUCUCCCCUUAGAAAGUUUCUCGAACAAACGUCUAAAAUGACCCCAGAAGAAAAGGCCACUUUCCUGGAAAAAGAUGAGAGUAUACGUGUUACACACGAAUCCAGUGCGCAGGAGGGACAGACUGAGGCCCCGAGUUUAGACGAGAAAGUGAAUCUGCAUUUUAUAGCUUUCGUGAAUGUCGGAGGACACCUACAUGAACUAGAUGGCCGGAAACCUUUCCCGAUUGUCCAUGGAAAAACCUCAGAAGACACUUUCCUUGAGGAUGCCGUAGCGGUUUGCAAGGUCUUCAUGGCUCGCGACCCUCAGGAGGUUCGUUUCACCAUCAUUGCUCUGUCCAAAGAUUCAUAUUGAGGCAGCUCUUUUGAGACCCCAAAAAGCAAAGAAAACUUUACUGCCAAACAUUCUUAAGUGCUGAUGAUUUAAGUUUUUUUUUCAGAACACUGACACCCAUAAAAUGCAAAGAUAAUAAAAAAAAAACAAUAAUAAAAAAAAAAGGAUUGCCAGGUUUAGCAAUUUGUUCAUUGCUGUUUAUCUAAAAGUUUGAUGUGUGAUCAUAAACCUCCCAACUCCUUAAAGCUGUAACAUACAGAUGUGAGCUGCCCGUCAUUUACACUGCACGGUGGUUUGUGUUCAGCUGCAAGAAAGAUUUGUUUGUUUUUUUCUGUUUAGAAUGCAAUGAUGGUAACUGUAGUGGUUUGCUUUUAAGGGAUUUGCACAACCACGCGGUCGAGCUGAACAUAACUAAAGCGUUUUGCAAGGCUUAAAUGACCUGCUUAGGUUCGUGAAGCUAACGCGGCAGUAACUGUGCUUUGAAAAGCUUAUCGACAAACACAAGUACUUUACCGUAAUUGAGGCUUAUUAAACAUGCAAAAUAUACAUCUGUGUGGAACGUGCCUACGUUUUUGUAAAGAGCUGAGAUUCUGUCAAAUAAAGGGCAAGUUUAUAAAACAA